UUAUUCAGACGCCGGCAUAUACCAGACUUCUACAAAGUACCCCCUCGAACAGCUUACAGCAUUUCGUGCUAGCCAUGUUUGCAGUUCCGGGCUGGUCGGUUUCGGCAUCUGCGCUCAAAAAGCAGAGUGAGCCGCAACCCCAAACCAAAGCCAGUCAGUCCUCAAAGCCCGAGGCAGAUUCGAAUGCGAAUGCGAAAUCGAACAAGCGCAAACGAGAUGACAAUGUCACCAAGAAGAAUGUCGAUCUGAUGUAUCGUCGACACAUUGAAGGAUCGACAGCUCAGGCGAAAGCUACGAAGCCCAACUCUGCAAAACCAAAGCCUGAGAAAAAGCCCUGGGAGCGCAAGAGGGAAGAAAAGAACGAUGCCGCCAAGCGGGAUCAAGAUAAGGAUCAGGCUGCAAAGGCGACUGAAACAGUGGUAGCUGGAGCGGAUGGUAGUGCAGAGGAGAAAAAGACUGUCUUGACACCUCUCCAGCAGGCCAUGCGGCAGAAGUUAAUCUCAUCCCGUUUCCGUCAUUUGAACGAAACCCUAUACACUACUCCGUCAACGCAGGCUCUCGAGCUGUUCACUUCAAACCCUGAACUAUUCGAGGAAUACCACGCCGGUUUCUCCCGUCAAGUCAAGGAAUCAUGGCCUUCCAAUCCCGUUGACGGCUACAUCAAUGCCAUCCGUACUCGAGGAGCCAUCUCCCCUGCCCCAAAGAAGGGAAGCAAGCCGGACCAAAAAUCCCGAGGUCUGGCCUUACCGCGCCGGCCAAACGGUACAUGCACCAUUGUCGACCUUGGCUGCGGUGACGCACAACUCCACCGCGCUCUGCUCCCUUCCGCCAAGAAGCUGAACUUGAAGCUCCACAGCUUCGACCUACACGCUCCCAAAGAUUCACCCAUUACUAAAGCCGACAUUUCUGACCUACCUUUGGAAGAUGGCUCGGCUGACAUUGCGAUCUUCUGCCUCAGCCUGAUGGGCACAAACUGGGUUUCCUUUGUCGAAGAAGCGUGGCGCGUUCUCCGCAGCGACGGUAAGGGUGAAUGCUGGGUCAGCGAAGUAAAAAGUCGCUUUGGCAAAACUGAUAUCUCUGCUUUUGUCGAGGUCUUCAGGACACGCGGGUUUGUUCUGAAAUCUGAGACUCUGGAUAAAUCGAACAAGAUGUUCGUAAAGAUGGAGUUUGUAAAGGCGGGCGGUGCACCGACGAAGGGUAAACAUGUGUCUGCUUCUGGGGCUCCUGGCUCUGGCAAGAAGAAGUUUAUUGAGAAGACGGUGGCUGCGGAUAAUGGGAUGACUCCGGAGGAGGAAGCGGCUGUACUGAAGCCCUGCGUCUAUAAGAUUCGGUGAUGAAUGUUCACUUUGACGAAAACUAUGUUUGAGUAAUCCUCUAUGAUACCAGCAUUAGUGUAUAUAGAAGUCGUAUCUGCUCCACCGUUUCAAAUCCUCGGGAUUAUAGCGAGCUACAUUUCAUAAAGGAGAAGCAAUGCUUCAUGGUCAUGAG